UUUAUAUUAUUGUUGUGUCAAUAGAUAGAAAUAUCCGAAGUAUAAAAUAUGCAGUAGAUUCAACAUUUUUCCUUGUUUCUUUGUCAAAUAAGUGAAACGAAAUUUUAUCAUAAUGGAUGUCUGCAGAACCUGUCUGAAAACUCCGACCAAUAAGGCUAUUUCUGAUCUGGAAAAGGAGAUUAAUGAGGAUAACAAAAACUACUUCGAAAUAAUGAUGUUCUGCUUAGAUAUCGAGGUAACUGAAGAUUCAAAAAUAUCAACGUAUUUAUGUAAUAUCUGCUAUAGAAAAAUCAUAUCGUUUUACAAAUUCAAGAUGUUAUCUUUAAAAAACGAUGCCUAUUUAAAGUCUUUGAAUCCAGUUACAUCACUAGAAGAUCAGAAACUAUCAGUGUAUGUGGAUGGGAUGAAACAUGAAGAUCCGUUGGAAAUUGAUUAUUUUGGCUCUUGCAUAGUUGAAGAAUGUAGAGCAGAAAUAGAGGUAGAAAUAGAUGUGAAAAGGGAAGUUACAUUAGAUAAUAAUGAUAUUAAGGGUGAAGAAUUACAAGUAUUUCCAAUAGAUGCUAGAAAUGAAGACAUAUUGGAAGAUGUAGAGUCAGAUAAAGAGUCACUGAAGAGCAGAGUAAAAGAACCAAAACCUGAAUACAAAAUAUAUGAGGAGGAUGGUAUACGUCUCAGUAACAUCAAAGAGCACUCUGUCCAUCACCUGCCCGUGGGCCAGCAGAAGAUGCUGCCGUGUAAGGACUUAGACUGCCCCAAGCUCUUCUACACAGAGAGGGGACAGAAAUACCACUAUGAAACUAAACAUCUUGGCAUGAAGUACAAAUGUGAUAUUUGUAAUAAAGAGGUGGCAAACCUUUCGGCGCACAAGCAACAAGCCCACAACCCCGGCUUGCUCCCGCUUAACUCGCGUGUCACCAAACAUACGAUUGGUAAAACAUUUGAAUGUGAUAUUUGUGAGAAGAAGUUCCGUGGGAAGAUUUUCCUUAAAAGACAUAUACGGGAUAUCCACAACAAAGAGAGAAAAUUCCAAUGUGAAUUUUGUUCGAAGGGGUUCUUCAGAAAAACGGCAUGUCAAGAUCAUGUAAGGAAGCACACGAAUGAACGCCCUUUCAAGUGCGAAGAGUGCGGCAAGGCGUUCGUGCGGAGCACCACGCUCAACAACCACCGCCUCAUACACGUGGAUGAGAAGAAGUUCCAGUGCGACCAGUGCGACAAGAGCUUCAGGAAUGCCGGGGGCCUAAAAGCGCACAUGGUGACGCACACGAAGGAGAAACCCUAUCCGUGCGGGUUCUGCAGCAUGUCCUUCAAGCGCUCCGACCACCGCAACCGCCACGAGUUCACCGCACACCAGAAAAGACGAAACGCGUCAAAAGAUUGAUAAUCUUAUCUCCAAGCACGAAGGUUGAAAUUGUCUUUGAACACCGCGACCGGCUUAAGCUCACUACGCACGGGAAACAUCGCGCAGCCAACUGACCCUAUCUAGAUGCAAUAAGGGGCAAAUUCGGACAGCGGUUGUACUACAAGUUAUAAGUUGAAUUAAAUAAAUAAUUGUAUUUAUUUAUUAUUUUAGGUAUAUUGUUAAUUUAGGUAGAAUAGGCACGUACACGUAUAAUUUAAAUUAUAUUUUGUAUGCCCAAA